AGGCAUUUCGUCACCGCCCGAGCUCCGUUGGCACCUCCGAACGCGUUUGGCGAGCCGGCGUUGCUUUCACCUUUACCUGGCCUUGUCGCGCAGUCCGCAGCCUUGCUUUGAAUGCCGUGACUGCUGCCCUCCAUAACACCAGCACCCACCACAUCUGCUUAAAAUGACGGAUUUUGCUACGCCGGCCGGUGGAGCGGCAGUCAAUGGCUCCUUCCCAGCGGACGAUGCAGCUGGCCAGACGGUCGCUGCCAUUGCCGAGUCUGCGAAGAUCUCCGCAGACGAGAUCGCGCUCUACGACCGGCAGAUCCGCCUCUGGGGCGUCAAGGCGCAGGAGAAGAUCCGCACUGCCAACAUCCUCCUCGUCUCCAUCAAGGCACUGGCCAACGAGAUCGCGAAGAACCUUGUGCUGGCUGGCAUCGGCUCCAUCACCCUUGCCGACCACGAGAAUGUGACCGAGGAUGAUCUGGGUGCGCAGUUCUUCAUCAGCGACACCGACGUAGGCAAGAACCGUGCCGAGGCUGCGGCACCGCAAGUCCAAAAGCUGAACCCUCGCGUCAAAGUCCACACCUACACGAACCCCAUCUACACCGAGACAGACGCCAGCUUCUACUCCAAGUUCGAUGUCAUCAUCGCGACAGACCUCGACUUCAACUCGACCAACACUCUCAACCUCUGUGCGCGCCUCGCGAAUCGUCCAUUCUACGCUGGCGCAUCCCACGGCCUGUACGGGUACAUUUUCGCCGACCUGAUCAAGCACAAGUUCGUUGUGGAGCGCGACCUCGGCAACAAGAUAACACAAGUGGGCCCCGAGAGCUCGACGCGCAGCAUCCUCGAGUCUUCGUCGAAGAAGGAGAAUGGCAAGUCGGUGGAGACGGUCACGAAGCAAGAGAUCUACUCGCCGAUCAUGGCCAUUAAGGACUCGCCUCUGCCCCCUGAGCUUUCAGGCAACAUGCGCAGGCUGAAGAAGGUGCAUCCUUUGCUUACCUGCGUGCGCGCAUUGUGGGAGUACCAGUUCAAGGCGCACGGUGUCUUCCCCUCGCACGACCCACAGCAGUUGCAGCUGUUCACCAUGAUGGCUACCGAGAAGCACAAGCUGCACCUGUUGCCUUCGAACACUCUCACCGCAGAGUUCCUCCGCAGCUUCCUGCAGAACGUGGGCAGUGAGAUUGCGCCCGUCACCGCAUUCCUGGGCGGUCAACUCGCGCAAGAUGUUAUCAACGUGCUGGGACAGCGGGAACAGCCUAUCCAGAACUUGAUGCUUUUCGACGGGGAGGAGUGCGCUGGGCCCGUGUACGCGCUGCACCCUAUCUUUGCCGACAACCCGAUCACAGCUCUUCCGUCGAUCCCGAUGCCUGUUGAGGCGAUUGCGAUUGAUGACUAGACAACGCAAAGGUCAAGCAACAAGUUGGAUGCAAUAUGAGAUACAGUCUCACGGAAAUGAAGGAGGCAGGCGAGGACCUACGAUACCCAACAGCUAGUCUGGCAGUAGCCAGUAGCGUUUUGCAAUGCAUAAAUUUCCAUUCAAGAACCACCGCUCUUUUUCAUGCGUAAAAU